AAAUAACGUCGGUCCAGAUUGUUUGCGGUAUUAUCUGUCAAGCGUGGCAGCAUGAUAAGAGAUAACGGGAAGUAUAAAACUCAUAAAUUUUAAUAUCGUGAUUACAAUUACUUUUCUCAGUUGAAGUACUACUUCGCAUUGUACUCAUAGCGUUUCCGACUUUUAAGGACUGAAUAAAAAUGAAAGUGUCACUUUUAUUAAUCUUCUCUAUUGGAGUAGUUCUGUAUACUGAUGCUUUACAAUACAGAAACCCUUGUUAUGCUGUACGGUCAUUAAAUUCUGACGAUAUUACUAGAGUCCGAGACACCUGGGGAGCGAUCAAUCUGAAACCAGUGGACCUUGGCUUGGAAAUAGUCAUACGAUUUUACGAGGAUUAUCCAGAGCGCAAACAGUGCUUUGGAAGAUUUAGAAAUAUAUCAAACGAUCGCUUACCAGAUAACGAAGAUUUUAGAAAUUUAGUGCUUAGGUACUAUAAUGCGUACGAUAGCAUGGUCCGUGCAUUGGAAAACCCGUCAUCAGUUGAAAAUUACUUUGUCGAUCUCGGACGUUACUAUGCACAACAGGGAGCAUCAAAGGACUCUAUUGUCGACUUGAAACAAUCUUUCCUUAAGACUAUGCAAGCUCUUCUAGGCGACAACUUUAGUCAACAAGAUUAUCAAUCCUGGAAUAGAGUAUAUGACAUAAUGUUGUGUUACAUGUUUAAGGGUUAUCCAAAUUAAUUUAACUCGUGAUCGCAAGAUCGAUUCUUCGGAAAAAAAUUACAUGUUCUCUAUACAAUAAACAUUAAUACUUAUAACUAAAUUAUUCAAGUGUACACAAAUGGUUUUGGAAUAACUUUAAAGAACAAAGAAUAAAGAUUUUGUAUUUCAAAAAUUUA